AUGACCCCUGCGAGAGUAGCAUCGCCGGUUUCCCGAUUUGUCCCUCCGCCACUCCCCAUAUUACUCCUCUUGCUCAGCUUCCCCGCGAUAACGCUCUCCGUUAACAUCACUGCCCUUCUCGCCGACCACCCGGACCUCUCUGCCUUCGCCGGCCUCCUCGUCACGAGCUCCGUCGCCACCGAGCUCGCGCGCCGCUCUUCGAUCACUCUCCUCGCCGUGCCGAACUCCGUGCUCCUCCACGCCUCGUUUCCGUCUCCCUCCGGCGGCGAUCUGGACAUCCGCGCCGCCGCCUCCGGCAGCUACCUCGCCGACGUGCUCCGGUACCACGUCCUCCUCCAGUACCUCUCUCCGGCCGAUCUCCGCCAGAUUCCGCCGGAGGGGACGCUCGUGGCGACGCUCUACCAGACGACCGGCCGCGCCGCCGGCGACCUUGGCGACGUUAACAUCACGCGCUCGGAGGACGGCGGCGUCAGCGUCCGCACCCCGGUCCCCUUCUUCCCGUCCAAUGCCACCGUCCUGGACCUCGUCGCUGCCGUCCCCUACAACCUCAGCAUCUUCACCGUGGAUUCCCUCGUCGUUCCCUAUGGAUUGGAUCUCACCGCCUCGGAGAACCGGCCGUCGGCGGAGAUCAACGUCAGCGAGAUUCUCAUCAAUGCGCGGGACUUCAACGUGGCGGCCUCGAUGCUGGAGGCUUCCGGCGUGACAGAGGAACUGACGCAGUACCAGAGAGGGGCGGGGAUCACGGUGUUCGUCCCCACGGAUGAGGCCUUCGCGGAGCUGCCGAAGACGGAGAGGCUCCAGUCGCUGCCGGCGGAGAAGAAGGCGGCGGUUCUUCGCUUCCACGUUCUCCAUUCCUACUACCCCCUGGGGUCUCUGGAAAGUAUCGUGAACCCCGUGCAGCCGACGCUGGCGACAGAGGACACCGGCGCCGGCAGAUUCACGCUCAACAUCUCCCGCGUGAACGGCUCGGUGGCGAUCGACACGGGCGUCGUCCAGGCGUCGAUCACGAGGACGGUCUACGACCAGAACCCCGUCUCUGUGUUCGCCGUCUCCAGGGUGCUCCUGCCGAGGGAGAUAUUCAGGGGCGGCGGCAAUGGCGGCACCGCCACCGACCUGGUGACCACCCCGCCGCCGGAGGCGGCCGCAUUUGCCCCGGGCGGCUCGCCGGAGGUCGCCACUCCAGCGGCGCGGACGACCUCGACGCAGGGACAGUCGAACGACGCCAAAUCCAGCGCCAGGAAGAGUGCGGCGAGCUUCCUCCUACACGGCGGCGGCAUCCUCCUGUACUGCUCUGUGGAAAUCUUGCAUCUACUGCUGGUUUGA